CGAGCGGGGCGCGGUCGCCGUCAGUCGUCACGGAGUUGAGCUGGUGCUUGUCAUCCGGCCGCCAUUAUCUUUUGCCGUUUCAUAAAAUCAAUUGGAGUUUACGUCGCCUUCUCAUGUAACGUGUCGUGCUUAACUGAAAUUCCGGAUCGUGGUGCUAAUCGAUCGACCGUGUGAGUGUUUUAGCGGCGCCGCGGAACCGUGUGAAGUGGUACAGUUAGGUUACUGUGUUGAGUGUUUUACGUUGUGGGAGCUCCGGCGAGUCCGGAGCGGCAGGACGCGCGUGGAGCGUAUGCAGAGGGUGCGGUGAGAGCGCGCCCGGCUCGGGUGUCGGGGCGGACGUGGUCGGAGCACAGGGACAGCUGCCGAUAUGGGGUGCACUCAGUCGGCCGAGGAGCGCGCGGCGGCGGCUCGGAGCCGACAAAUCGAGAGGAACUUGAAAGAAGACGGCAUGCAGGCCUCCAAGGAUAUCAAAUUAUUGCUGCUAGGUGCGGGCGAGUCGGGGAAGAGUACAAUAGUUAAACAAAUGAAAAUUAUCCACGAGAGUGGUUUCACAAACGAGGACUUCAAACAGUACCGGCCCGUUGUGUACAGCAACACUAUCCAGUCGCUGGUCGCCAUACUGCGGGCCCAGCCCAACCUCGGCAUCCCUUAUGGGAACAAGGAUCGGGAGACCGACGGCAAGAUGGUGUUCGACGUGAUCCAACGGAUGGAGGACACGGAGCCGUUCAGCGAGGAGCUGCUCGCCGCCAUGAAGAGGCUGUGGGCUGACUCCGGGGUGCAGGAGUGCUUCGGACGGUCCAACGAGUACCAGCUCAAUGAUUCCGCCAAAUAUUUCCUAGACGACCUAGACCGGCUGGGCGCGCGGGACUACCAGCCCACGGAGCAGGACAUCCUCCGGACCAGAGUCAAGACCACCGGCAUCGUCGAAGUGCACUUCUCAUUUAAGAACCUUAAUUUCAAAUUGUUCGACGUGGGCGGUCAGCGGUCGGAGCGCAAGAAGUGGAUCCAUUGCUUCGAGGACGUGACCGCGAUCAUAUUCUGCGUCGCCAUGUCCGAGUACGACCAGGUGCUGCACGAGGACGAGACAACGAAUCGCAUGCAGGAGAGUCUGAAGCUGUUCGACUCGAUCUGCAACAACAAGUGGUUCACGGACACCAGCAUCAUCCUGUUCCUCAACAAGAAGGAUCUGUUCGAGGAGAAGAUCCGCAAGUCCCCGCUGACCAUAUGCUUCCCGGAGUACACUGGAGCGCAAGAGUACGGCGAGGCGGCUGCGUACAUCCAGGCGCAGUUCGAGGCCAAGAACAAGUCCACCACCAAGGAGAUAUACUGCCACAUGACGUGUGCCACCGACACCAACAACAUUCAGUUCGUGUUCGACGCCGUUACCGACGUUAUCAUCGCCAACAACCUGCGCGGCUGCGGCCUGUAUUAGAUGCUUGUAUGAUAGAGGCGGAGUUGACGGAACUAAGGAGUACAGAACUUAGGGUCAAUUCAGACAGCAACGCGACGCUCAAACGGAACGCG